CUCCCCAAACCAUUUUCCUGUCUCUAUUUCAGGCUUUCACAUAAUACAGAGGAUGUAUGGCUGUGAACUCCGGAAAGACGGGAGCAAAGGAGGGUUUGACCAAUAUGGCUACGAAGGGAGGACCUUCCUCUACUUCGACAAGAAGACCCCCACCUGGGUGGCUCCCGACCCCCAGGCCCAGAUCACCAAGAGGAAAUGGGAUGGUAUUCCAGCAAAGAAUCAGUACUGGAAGUCCUACCUGGAGAAGGAAUGCAUUGAGUGGCUGCAGAAGCACCUGUCCUAUGGGAAAGAGACGCUGCUGAGGACAGAGCCUCCAGGGGUGACGCUGGUGAGAGGCAAGACAGAGGUGGAGGAUGGGAUGGAGACGCACAUCUGCCGCCUGGAUGGCUUCUACCCCAGGGAGAUCGAUGCCUCCUGGAAGAGGGACGGGGAGGUCUGGCUGGAGGAGACCUUCCAUGGGUCUCUGGCCCCCAACGCGGAUGGGACCUACCACUACUGGCUCAGCAUCCGGAUCGACCCCAAAGAGAGGGGCCGCUAUCGGUGCCACGUGGAGCACGACGGCCUGCAGGAGCCUCUGGACCUGGCCGUGGAAGGUGAGAGGCUGCAGGGAGGGGAAGGCUGGGCUCUUUGGCAGGCUGGGAGGUGGUGGGAGAGGAAUCUGGCCCCAGAUGUGUCCAGGUGUGAGCAAACCUGAGCUUUCAUCCAUUGG